AUGUUUGGACAUGGAGGCUGGUACUUAGCGAAUUUUCCGGAACUGAUUGCAAACACAGGUGAUUUGUUGGAUGCUGAUUUGGAUUUGUGGCAUUGUUGGCAGGUUUUCCUUGGUAAUGAGAUGGGAAAAGCAGUUAUCGUCAAUGCAUCGCUUGUUUCUAUAACGGAGUUGCUUUCUCAUACUGUAGUCGCCAUAUUUGACACAAUACAUGCAGCCAAAGAAGUACUCAUUCAAAAGGAGAAUUUCAAGAAAUUUUCGACUUACUUGGAGAAGACAGCAUUUUUCUUGAAAGAUUUAUCAAGGUUCAAUCUAGACCAUUCCGAGGGCUUAAAUAAUGCUGUAGAAAUUCUUAACCGUGAGACUAAAGUUGCAAAGAGGCUAGCUGUUGAGUGCAGCAACAAGAAUAAGGUCUAUCUCUUACUGAAUUGUCGAAAAAUCGUGAAGCAUUUAGAGGCAAGCACAAAAGAGAUCAGUCGCGCCUUAAGUCUCAUACCGCCUGCCUCUUUAGAUGUUUCAUUGGGUAUAAGUAAUGAAAUCAGCAAGCUAUGCAAGAAUAUGCUGGAUGCAGAAUAUCGGGUAGCAGUGUCGGAGGAGGAAAUUUUGGGAAAGAUUGAGUCAGCAAUAGAGGAGGGAAUUGUUGAUCAAUCUUAUGUGAACAAUUUGUUGGCUAGUAUUGCUGACGCUGUUGGGAUCUCUGGUGAGCGGUCAACUUUGAAGAGGGAAUUUGAUGAAUUCAAGAAUGAAAUCGAACAUGUCAAGCUAGGAAAGGACAUUUCAGAAGCUAUACGGAUGGAGCAGAUAAUUUCAUUACUCGGAAAAGCUGAUGCCUCUACAUCUUACGAGGAGCGAGAGAGGACAUACCUUGACAAGAGAAAUUCUCUGGGAAGGCAAACAUUGGAACCUCUCCAGUCAUUUUGUUGUCCAAUUACUCAGGAUGUAAUGGUUGAUCCUGUGGAAACUUCCUCUGGUAAAACAUUCGAGAGAAGUGCAAUAGAAAAAUGGUUUGCAGAAGGGCACAACUCCUGUCCCUUGACCAUGACUACCUUAGACACUUCGUUUCUACGUCCUAACAGAACUCUUCUUAGAUCGAUUGAGGAAUGGAGGGAUAGAAACAAUUUGAUUACCAUUGUUUCCAUUAAACCAAAACUUCAGUCAAACGAAGACCAAGAAGUUCUUCAAUCCUUGGGCAAGCUACAAGAUCUGCUGACAGAACGAGAGAUGCACCAAGAAUGGGCAACGUUGGAGGACUACAUACUGGUUCUUAUUGGACUUCUUGGUGCAAAAAAUCGUGAAAUAAGAACCCAUGCUCUGUCCUGCCUUUGCAUCCUUGCAAAGGGGAAAGAACACAACAAGGAAAAAAUUGCUAGAGUAGAUCAUGCACUCGAAUUUAUCGUUUGGUCACUUCAACGCCAGAUUAGCGAAAGAAAGUUAGCCUUGCAGUUGUUACUAGAACUAUCAAGAAACAAUUUGGUGCGAGAUUUAAUUGGGAAUGUUCAGGCCUGUAUACUUCUCCUAGUGACUGCAUUAAACAGUGAGGAAAUUCAAGCUGCCAAAGAUGCCGAAGAGCUUUUGGAGAAUUUGUCUUUCCUCAAUCAAAAUGUUAUACUGAUGGCAAAGGCAAACUAUUUUAAGCCAUUACUGCGGCUUCUCUCUUCAGGGCCAGAAAAUGUUAGAAUGAUCAUGGCUGAGAUAUUAUCAGAUAUUGAUUUGACUGAUCACAAUAAAUUGUCCUUGUUUAAAGAUGGGGUGCUGGAGCCACUUCUUCAAUUUCUCUCAAACGAUGAUUUAGAAGUGAAAAAAGUGGCUGUUAAAGCUCUUCAGAACCUUUCAAAUGUAGCAGAAAAUGGUCUCCAGAUGAUCAGAGAAGGUGCCGUUCGACCUCUGUUAGAAAUUCUUUAUCGACACAGCCUAUCGUUACCAUGUCUGCGCGAGCAGGUUGCAGCCAUAAUUAUGAACCUUGGCAUAGCAACCACGGCUCAAGCAGCUGAUCAUGAGCAGAUCUCAUUACUGGAAUCUGAGGAAGAUAUUUUUAAAUUCUUUUGUCUUAUUUCCUUGACGGGUCCGGAAGUACAGAAAAGCAUUCUUCGAACUUUUCUUGCAAUGUGUGAAUCUCCUUCUGGUGUGGAAAUACGGGCAAAAUUGAGACAGCUCUCUGCUGUCCAAGUAUUGGUUCAAUUAUGUGAGAAUGAUCAUAAUUUAGUACGGGCAAAUGCCAUAAAGCUGUUCUGCUGCUUGACAGAAGAUGGUGAUAAAAGUAUCAUUUUGGAGCAUAUGGGUCAAAGAUGCAUUGAGACUUUGCUCAAGAUCAUUAAGACCUCACAUGAUGUGGAAGAGAUAGUUGCAGCCAUGGGAAUUAUUUCUAAUCUUCCUAGUGACCCACAGAUAACUCUGUGGCUUCUAGAUGCUGGAGCACUUCAGGUCAUUUCUACCAGUCUCAAGGAUCGGAGCAGAAAUGCCUCACACCGAAGGCAGAUAACAGAGAAUGCUGUUAAAGCUCUCUGUCGUUUCACUGAGAAAACGAAUCAGGAGUGGCAAAAGAGAGUGGCUGAAGCUGAAAUUAUUCCAAUUCUUGUACAAUUACUGAUUUCUGGAACUGCUUUGACGAAACAAAGUGCUGCCAUUUCACUUAAACAGUUUUCUGAAAGCUCGAGUUCCUUGAGCAUCCCGGUGAAAAAACGUGGCCCUUUCUCCUGCUUUUCUGCACCAGUCAUGUGCUGCCCUGUACACCUGGGAAUUUGUACAGUGGAAUCUUCCUUCUGCAUUUUAGAGGCUAAUGCUUUGGAACCCUUGGUAAGGAUGCUUGGAGAGGCUGAUCUUGGAGUCUGUGAAGCUUCAUUAGAUGCACUCUUAACAUUGAUUGAUGGACAAAAACUACAAAGUGGUAGUAAGGUGCUUGCUGAAGCAAAUGCCAUUGUUCCAAUUAUAAAGUUAUUGAGCUCACCUUCUUCCAUGGUGCAGGAGAAGACACUGGGGGCUUUGGAGAGGUUCUUUCGACUAGUUGAAUUCAAGCAAAGAUAUGGAAGUUCAGCCCAGAUGGCAUUAGUUGAUAUAACACAAAGGGGAAGCGGUAGCAUGAAAUCUCUAGCUGCUAGAUUGCUUGCUCAAUUGAAUAUUCUUAAUGAUCAAUCUUCUUAUUUCUGA